AUGUCUUUAAACCUAUUUUCUUCGUCCUCGCUGCUGCGCAGCGUCGCCAGCGCCGUGCCUUCGGCUUGUCGCUGGAGCUCGACCGCCGCCAUGAGCGCCUUCACCUCCCAGCGAGCCACUGCCUCACAGAUUUCUGGUGAUUCCACAGGCCCCCGAGUGUCCCGACGUCGGUUACCGAACCGUCUGCGCCUCCUCGAAGAUCAGAAAGCACAGGGCGAGAGCCGCGCAUUGGAGAAGUUCCAGACUCGCGAGUGGAAGGCUGGUGAUAUUUACGCGCCGCAUGAUCUCAGCCCGGCGGAGAUGAAGAAAUGGGGAAGGCGCAAGAGUCCCUCUAGGGAUGCCUUCGAUGCUUUGAACUUGAACCCCAUGAGCCUCUACAAGAACUUCGCCGUGAUGUCCGAGUACGUGUCUCCUCUGGGCCGCAUCAAGCACCGCGAUCAGACUGGUCUGCGACCCGUCAACCAGCGCAAGAUCGCCAAGGCCAUCCGCAGAGCCAUGGGACUCGGUCUCAUGCCCUCCGUCCACCGACACCCCGAAAUCUUGGCCAGUGAACUCAAGGCGAGGAUGGAAAGCCGUCACCGGUAA